AUGUCGGAAACACCCAAAAAACAACUCAUCAUCAAUGCCUUCGCAAUGCAUUCCCCCAGUCACCUAAACCCAGGUCUAUUCCGCUACCCAACCGACCAAGGCCCCUCCUACAAAAACAUCCAAACCUGGACAAACCUCGCCCAAAAGCUCGAAGCCGCCAAAUUCCACGCAAUCUUCUUCGCCGACGUCCUGGGCGGCUACGACGUCUACAAGGGACCCGGAAAUCUAGAUCCCACCAUCCCCGCCGCAGCUCAAUUCCCCAUCAACGACCCGCUAUACAGUAUCCCCGCCAUGGCGGCGGUGACGGAGAGUAUUGGGUUUGGCGUGACGGCGUCGACGACGUAUGAUGCGCCGUAUGCGUUGGCGAGACGGUUUUCGACGGUGGAUCAUUUGAGUGGGGGACGCGUUGGGUGGAAUAUUGUUACUUCUUAUUUGGAUUCUGCGGCGAGGAAUUUUGGGCUGGAUACCCAGGUUGAGCAUGAUGAGCGGUAUCGCAUUGCGGAUGAGUAUUUGGAUGUUACUUAUAAAUUGUGGGAGGGGUCUUGGAGGGAUGAUGCCGUUGUUUGGGGGAGUGGUGAUGAUUCUUCGAAGGCGAAGAAGAACUCGCAGUAUGCGGAUCCGACUCGUGUGCGCCAGAUCAAUCACAAGGGGAAGUACUUCCAGGUUCCUGGCCCGCAUUUGUGUGAACCGAGUCCCCAGCGGACCCCGUUCUUGUUGCAGGCUGGUACUUCGACGGCUGGAAAGGCCUUUGCGGCUAAACAUGCCGAGGCAGUCUUCCUCCAUGCGCAGAAACCUGAGCUGGUGCGUCCCUCGGUGGACAGUAUCCGUCAACAAGCUGCCGCAUUGGGUCGGAACCCGAGCGAUAUCAAGGUUAUUGCGGGCGCAUUGGUGAUUGUGGCCGAGACCGAUGAAGCUGCGCAGGCCAAGUUCGACGAAUUCAAGAAAUACGGUGAUCGGGAGGGUGCAUUGGCUCUGUUCGGUGGCUGGACGGGCUACGAUCUCUCCACGUACGCAGACGACCAGGACUUCCGCUUCGUCGAGUUACCCGCCGUUCGAAGCAUGGUGAAUCACUGGGCGAGUACGGUUCCUGGCACGGAGGGUGUGAAGUGGGAUAAGAGGACGAUUGCGGAUUACCUUGUUCUCGGGGGAAACGGAGUCAAGAUUAUUGGCAGUGUCAAGACUGUUGCGGAUGAGUUGGAGCGGUGGGUGAGUGUUGGUGAUGUGGAUGGGUUUAAUCUGAGCUAUGCCAGUUUGCCGGAUACCUUUGAUGAUAUUAUUGAGCUUUUGUUGCCGGAGUUGCGUCGGCGGGGUUUGUUCUGGGAGGAUUAUGCUGUCAAAGGGGGAACGUUGCGGGAGAAUAUGUAUGGACAGCGGGGAUUGUCGAGACUUCCGGAGGCUCAUGCUGGAGCCAAGUAUUUCUGGAAGGACGGUCAGGAUGUGCCUCCAUACUCCUUGGAGGAGUCGGCAUAA